CCGGCAUUGUAUAAGAUCCCGUCUUUCACACAGCGAUGCCCGGUUGACGUUCCUCUCUUCCUUCUGCCUUGCCGAAGACCUCGCUCACAGUUCCUGAUCGAUAGACGGCAUGCGUGGAACACGAGGAAAGAUGAUUGCGCGAUGUCUUCUCUGGAAUUUGGUAGUUGGCGGUGCUGUUGCCGCGGGAAGAAAGCAUUACGACCUUGAUGGGAGCGUCUACGACUAUGUCGUAGUGGGAGGGGGAACUUCGGGGCUGGUGGUGGCUAACCGGUUGACUGAGGACCGUCGGACCACCGUGUGUGUCAUUGAAAGGGGCUACUUCGACGACAAGCUUGAGGCCAUCGUGCCGUGGUACGCCAACGGCCUGGACACGAGUGUCAUGAUCAGACCCGUGUCAGCGCCCAUCCCCGAAUUGGAUAACACCACUCACAACGUGGCGGUUGCGGCGGCCGUCGGGGGUGGCUCGGUGGUCAAUGGCAUGGGGUAUAUGCGUGGGACCAUGGCAGACUACGACGCCUGGGAGCAGUUGGGAAAUCCUGGCUGGGGUUGGGGCGGCAUGCUGCCGUACUUCCGCAAGAGCACCACCUUUGAUCCACCUUCGCCAGAGACGGUGAGCCGAUGGAACAUCACAUGGGACCCGAGCGUGUACGGAAACGGGCCGCUGCACACGCAUAUCUCAGACUUUCGGUAUCCCGACCUCACCGUGUUCUGGGAUGCCCUCAGACACCAGCCGGGCGUCGAGCUGCCGCCCAGCGCCAAUGCCGGGUACGGGCCGGGUGCCUACUGGGACCCGCAGACCAUCGACGCGCGCACCAUGACGCGAGCGACCUCGCGGUCGGCCUACUACGACCCGGUCAACGCGACCCGUCCGAACCUGAAGCUGGUGACGGGGCAGACAGCCACCGAGGUUCUGUUCCACCCCGGCAAGCCCCUGAGAGCCAAGGGUGUCCGAAUCGUGUCGCGAUCUGACGGAAUCGUCCGCAGCGUCUACGCCAAGAAGGAGGUGAUUCUGGCAGCAGGUGCCAUCCAAACGCCCCCGCUGCUCCAGGCCAGCGGCAUUGGCUCAGCCUCGGUGCUCCAGGCCGCCGGAGUGCGAGUCAAGAAAGACCUGCCGGCCGUGGGCGCCAACCUCCAAGACCACCCCACAAGCCUCCUCGUCUUCGCCCUCGGCAACCAAGCCUUCCCCAACCCGGACACCAUCACGACCAACGCAACCUACAACGCCAUCGCCUGGGCGGAAUACCUCGCCAACCGAACCGGCCCCAUCACGACAGCCAACAGCAACACGCUCGUGUCAUUCUCCCUCUCCCACAUCCACCCCUCCCCCUCCACCCUCGCCGCAACCCUCCUCGCCCAGAACGCCACCGCCCACCUUCCGCCACUCUACCACACCUCUGCUGCCCUCCUGCAAGGAUUCCUCUCGCAGCGCAUCCUCCUCGCAGACGGAUUCACAUCCCCCAACGCCCCCAUUACCGCCACCCCCUUUCGCGGCAACGGCCUUUCACCCGCUCCAUUCCUGAAACCGCUCUCCCGCGGAACGGUCACGCUCAACAUGACCGACCCCGUGAACGGCCUGCCGGUGGUGCAGUACAACACCUUCCAGAAUCCGGUCGAUCAGCAGAUCGUGCUCUCCAUCAUCCGGAACGCGCGGUCGUUCUGGGCUGGCGAGCGCAUGGCGGUGUUGCAGCCGACUGAACUGCUCCCCGGGGUGGAGUUCCAGAGCGAUGAGGAGCUCUUGCGCAAGAUCAGGGGGGACAGGGGUGUGUUUUGGCCGAGUCUUGCGCAUCCCUGCGGGACGUGCGCUAUGAUGCCGGAGGAGAAGGGCGGGUGUGUUGAUGGGGAGUUGAGGGUGUAUGGGGUGAAGGGGUUGAGGGUUGUGGAUGCGAGCGUUAUGCCGGUUAUUCCGGCGGCGCCGUUGCAGGCGACAGUGUAUGCGGUCGCGGAGAAGGCGGCGGAUUUGAUUAAGGGUUGGUUGAGCUGGGAAGAUAGAUGAUAGGGGGUGGGAAAGAGAUGAUUGGACGCGAGUUUCAAGGGAGCGAUUGACAUCAGCAGCUGGAUGGACACCUAGUAUUGUGCUCAUGAUAGGCCCCCGCCGCGAAAUCGCCAGACGGCAUCAAUGGUUGACCCGUCCUGGAUGUUGUAAUCCGACAGCAAUCUGCUCAUUUCCAACGGCUUACCUCCACACAAGAGCCUCCAAGCAAAUCGGUCCUCCCAAAUUCUCUGUUUCCCUUCUAGGGCGCGAAAUAUGUCUUCCAAUUAUGCAAAGGAGGUGAUUUGGACAGUCUGAGUCCUCCCUGUCAUAGAGUUGACGAAGAGCUGAAUCUCUGUAUUGCGCAAUUGUG